AUGAAGACAGCUACCCUAUAUAUAAACAAGAGAAUAGAUUCUGCCAACCAUAGGGAUUCUUCUAGGACACAAGAAAUGGUGUCUUAUAAGAUUCUGCUCAUCGUCUUCGUGGCCCUCUUCGUCGUAGCCUUCGCUGACGAAGAAGCCCGUGAUAAGAGAGGAUUCUUUAAUGGUGGAUAUGGUAGAUACGGUGGAUAUGGUGGAUAUGGAUACCCAUACGGUUAUCACAGUUUGGGUUACUCUGGUCUCGGUUACCCCGUCCUGGGAUACGGAUAUGGUCUUGGAAAUCCCUUUCUCCACCAAAUAUUUCCAUUCUAG